CGCAGACAUCCUCGUGCCCGCUGUGGCUGACCAGGAAUCCCCAUCAUGAGCUACAGGCUGAGCAUCGGAUUCCCUAAGGCUUCUCCACUCAAAAGCCGUGUUGAUCGUGUCAUACGGCGCUUGUUGGAGCACGGCCUCGCGGACUACUGGCUUCAACAGGAACUCAUAAAUUCCACAAGUUGUCUCAUUCCUCCGGGUUCAGAGGCGCCUGAACAGCGGUCCCUCCAACUUCAAGAUCUGUAUGGCGUCUUCUCCUUAUAUCUGGCAGGCACUGCAUUAUCCUUGUUAGUGUUUCUUCAGGAGGUGUUAGUUGCCAAACUAUCCCGGCGCCGUCUCAGACACGAGCAGAGCCAGGCCGUAAAAUCUGUCACCUUCGAUCAACCCAAUUUCGACAGCAACUAAAAAAGAAGAAGAAGAAGGA